GUUUCCCCUUUAGGAGGCGCUUGGCUGGGCGUUUCUGGUGGUAGGUGGCGCUGUUGAGCAUUAUAUUUUGUUUCAGUCCGGUUUCCCUCCAUGGUUUCUCCUCUCCGACUAACUUAGCGUCGGCUCAGUUCAUUAUACACGGCUACCCCCCACCCCCCUAUAUCCUCCCUCCGCCGUUAGGGCAUCUCUCUACGUUUUGGACUGAAGGACCCUCUUAAGGAAAAACAAAAAAAGACCCGGCGAGAAAAGUUUCACCACCGGCGGGCACCAUGUUGAUGGAAAACAGGAUCCACUUGGAGCUAAGAAACAAGACACCGUCUGAAGUACGAGAACUCGUCCUCGACAACUGUAAAACGACCGACGGAAACACCGAAGGGCUCACAGAUGAGUUUGUCAACCUGGUUUUCCUCAGCUUGAUAGAUGUCGGUUUAUCAUCAAUCUCCAACAUACCCAGACUAGAAAAACUCAAAAAGCUGGAGUUGAGCGACAACAAAAUCAGCGGCGGCUUGGAGGUCUUAGCGAAGCAACUCCCCAACCUCACACAUCUAAGUCUGAGCGGCAACAAAUUGAAAGAGAUCAGCACAUUGGAACCACUGAAAAAGCUGAAACACCUGAAAAGUUUGGACCUGUUCAACUGCGAAGUCACCAACAUGAGCGACUACAAGGACAGCGUGUUCAAACUGCUGCCGCAGCUCACGUACCUGGACGGCUUUGACUGCGAAGACAAGGAGGCUUCCGACUCUGAUGUCGAGGUGGACGGAGACGGAGUGGACGAUGAUGAUGACGAAGAGGGCGAGGGAGAGGACGAGGAAGACGAGGACGGAGAGGACGAUGACAUUGAUGAGGAAGAUGAGGACGAAGAAGACGAGGAGGAGGUCGAGGGAGAAGAGGACGAUGAAGAGGUCAGCGGAGAAGACGAGGAGGAAGACUACGGACUGGAUGGGGAAGUCGAUGAUGAAGAGGAAGAUGAGGAGGAAGAUGAUGACGUUCCAGCCUGAAAGGGGAGGAACCCGGAAGUGGUACAUCACAUGGAGAACAGAGAUGGAAGAGCUACAGACGGCCAAGAUGCAAAGCAUUUCAAACAAUGAUUCAAACGGCGAUACAAGCGAUCGAUCGAACGCAAGUGAGGAUAUCCAAGUUUUUGAAGAGUUGGAGGAAGAAGAGGAGGUUGGAAUUUUACGUCGGACCUUACAUAUGAGCCAGGCGCUAAUCAGGAUGCAAACAAUGUGCCCAGACGACCUGACAUGGAAUGGAGACAAGACCCAUCGAGAUCACAAGAUUGGUAAGAUAUAGGCUGGUAUUAUUUUUAUGAUUUGAAGAUGCAGGCAUGAGCACAUAAUUGUAUGUUUUUGUCUAUCUGAUGACAGUGUUUAAAAAAAAUAAUAAUCAGACUUCAUGUUCAAGCAGUUAGCCUACUCCGUACUCGAGUAUUCUUUUUAGCAAAUCAUUUUUUGACUUGUACUUGAGAGCUUUUUAUAAGGACUUUUAAAAACCUUUGUAUAGUAUUCCAUCCAUAUACGUGUACAUUUAGAAUAAAAUGUUUUCAUAAACAACAGAAUUAUUGAUUGAUGGGUAUAGGAUAUCAGAAUCGUCUUUAUCGGUCAAGUAUGUAGAAGACAAAAGGAAUUUGUCUCCGGUAUAACACGCUGCAUUAGUAUCAUAAACAGGGACAUGACAAAUAAGUAUCGUAGGACAUUCCGUAAUGUAAGUGACCGGUAAUGUGGUGGUACCACCCAGUGACAACUGUGAGCAAUAUGCUUGUUCAAUAAAAUUUAUGCUCAUGGUGUCAUCGCUCAGUAUUUAACUUUUUUUUUCCCCCAGGUGUACUUAUGGUAAAUGCCAGCAAAUGCCUACAGCUGUUGAAUGUGUUUGCUGCCAUGAAAUUCAAGAAGUGACUGUACGUCGAGAAGGAGAGAAACACUUCAAUCAGGUGCUGGACUGCAUUACCGACCAUCCUGGACUCAAUGAUGUGUGCCCAGACCCAUAUGGAUUCCAGGUGGCAUUGAUGACCUACAAGCAGCAGUACAUUUUGCACCACCAGGAGAAGAGGAGUCGGCUGUAUUCAAAGGGUUUCGUGUUUCACAGAGAAACGUCCCAGAACUGUGAUUUGGACUGGUUUUAGAGUGAUUAAUGUGGACAUGGUGUCUAUCAUAACGCAAUACUGUAAUAAAAAUAAACAAAUGAUGACAACUGAA